CUUAUUAUAAAUUAUUAUUAUCGCCUUGAACUUGGAUAUUCAAAAUUCAGUCUAUUUGGUAUGGUGGGUUGCAUUACAUCAAACGAAUCUGUAAUAUCUUUUAAUCAAUCACUGGUUAUAAAUGGAUACUGAUAAGUUAAAUUAAAAAUUUGCCAGCACGUUGAUUGGUCGAUGAUUACGUCAGCUUCGAUUGUCUAUUUAUAACGACGGGCGCUUGCGCCUCUCCAAUAUCGUCCAUUCUAUUUCCCACCAGCCAAAUGAUGUUGACUUGUUUUGUUUACGAAACAGUGAGAUAUAUUUGUAUUAUGUAAAAACAGAGGAUUACUUACAAGAAUACAAUAACAAUUAGUGGAACUCGUUAGAUAAAUAUCAAUAUGUCCAUAUAACUAAGUAUGAAGCUACACUGAUUCUGAGAACUAAAUAGUUAGCAAUGGGUGCAUUUUUAGAGAAACCAAAGACAGAUAAAACCCUGGAACAUGGGGAAGGCAAUGGGCUACGCUAUGGGGUGGCCAGCAUGCAAGGUUGGAGGGUUAAUAUGGAGGAUGCUCAUAUGGCCAAGACAAAUUUAGGAGGCACCUUGGCAGAUUGGUCAUACUUUGCAGUAUUUGAUGGGCAUGCAGGGGCACGUGUAUCUGCCCACUGUGCUGAAAACCUGCUUGAUGCCAUUGUAGCUGGUGAAUUUCAGGAAGACGUUAUCAAAGGCAUUCAUAACGGAUUUUUGAAAUUGGAUAAUAACAUGAGGGAACUUCUUGAAGUCUCUUCUGAUAAAAGCGGUACUACAGCUGUAUGCGCUUUCGUUUCGCCUCGGCAAAUUUUCAUAGCGAAUUGUGGCGAUUCCAGAGCGGUGUUGAGCCGUUCAGGUAAUCCAGUUUUCACCACUCAGGAUCAUAAACCGAAUUUACCGCUUGAAAGGGCUCGGAUUAUGGAUGCAGGCGGGUCGGUGCUAAUACAGAGAGUAAAUGGAACUCUGGCUGUUAGUAGGGCAUUAGGGGACUAUGUCUAUAAAAAUGUGAAAGGCAGAGGCCCUUGCGAGCAAUUGGUAUCACCGGAACCGGAGAUUUUCGAGAUCAAUCGCGAUGAAGAGGAAUAUGAGUUCAUGGUACUGGCAUGUGACGGUAUCUGGGAUGUCAUUUCCAAUAAGCAAUUGUGCCAGUACAUACACUCGCGCUUAAUGGUCACGGAUAAUCUUGAAGAGGUGACCAGUGAUGUCAUAGACACCUGUCUGUAUAAGGGAAGUCGAGAUAACAUGAGCAUUGUCCUAGUAGUAUUCCCAGGAGCACCGAAGCCCACCCCUGAAGCCAUCCAAGCAAACAAGGAGCUCGAGGCUAACGUGGAGAGGCGAAUGAAAGAAAUUAUCGACGAUGUUGAGUAUAGGUGUCGAUUAACAAAUUUCGUGACAAUCAUGGAGCAACUCAGCAGCGAAUUCGAUCCUGAUCUUAUCCAAGAAAAAUCGUUAUUUAUUCAUAGGACUUUCAAAGAGCUUUGUCGAGAACAUUCUGACAGCGAUUUGGAUGCAUAGAGGUAUUAUUUCAUUUUCUCUCUUUUUUGUCUCUCGUAAAGCAGACGUUUCCGUACAGCAGAGUAGUCAGCAGCGUUUACAUUUUUAAAUGUACAUUUCCUCUCGAGGCUUUCCCUUUCUGUCGUUCAUUCAUUAUUAUUAUUAUUGUUGUUUUAUGUUCAUAACCGAUGUAGAUUUUUUCGUGUCAUCUCAUGUUUUAUUGUCUGUCUCCUCAAAUGGUGUAAUUUCGCUGGCGAUGUUUGUUGUAUGUUUAAAACAUAAAUGUUUGUAAAUUCGGUAAAAAAGAAAUGUGCUAUUGUUUCCAAGUCAUCUCGCAUUUCCUUUUUUAUUUCUUCGAUUUUUUUUAUUAUUUCAAUGUACAAAAUAUGUUUAAGUACAAGAGGCGAAUUGCCGUUCAUCGGGCGUGCAAUGGCAUUCUAUUUUUCAAAAUAUCAUGUAUAGUUGUAACUAUUUGUAAUGUAAAAUAGAAUAUAAACAAGAUCACCUUAUAAAAUAAAUCGAGCUAAAGUUUACAAAUGAAAAACAAACAUUUUACUCAUUAUUUUGCUGAGCAUCCCUCUCUGUUCAUUUCUAAGCUAAUAUCUUCAAAUCUU